UGGCGGAUCGAUUGCUUGGAUUCCUGUAAACAAUCUGCAACAUGGCAAAAUAAAGUUUGCUUACUAAUUUAUUGCAGAAAAUGGCAACGUUGUUGAACACCACAACAUCUAAAGGAGCAGGAAAUUACAUCGGAGAAACCAAAAAGCAGCUCAGAGAUGGAUUUGGAGUAUACAAUUAUUCCAACAAGUUCUUCAGAUACGAGGGGGAAUGGAGCAAAGGGAAGAAACAUGGUCAUGGUAAGCUUGUGAUGGCUGAUGGCAGCUUCUAUGAAGGACAGUUCAUUGACGGGGAAAUCCAGGGGCAUGGAUUCCGCCGCUGGGCCAGUACAGGGAAUGAAUAUACUGGACAGUUUGUUAAAGGUGAACUGAAUGGCCAUGGAGUAAUGGUAUAUGGCGAUGGAUCACGAUAUGAAGGAGAAUGGAUUGAAAAUCGGCGGGAAGGAGAAGGUAAACUUACCAACAAAGAUGGAUCUAUCUAUGAGGGAUCUUUCCACAAACACAGAAGACAUGGUGAAGGAAAAUGGAUCCUAAGCGAUGGUGAUGUUUAUGAAGGAGACUGGGUCAAUGAUUUGCGCCAAGGACAUGGAAUCAUGAAAUUUGUGGAUGGAACUAUUUAUGGGGGUCAGUGGUGGGGAGAUGUUUUCAAUGGUGAAGGAUCCAUGUUUCACAAUUCUGGUGUCUCAUAUGAAGGAAUGUGGGUUAAUGGCAGACCUGAAGUGGAGACAGUGCAGAUCCGUAUAACUGGAGAUGAUCAUUUGGAAUUCACACAAGGAAGACCAUUUGGAUUUGAAGUUGAGUGUGUCACAGCUGAUGGGGAACCAACAAAUGAGGAAGGACGCUUGUUGCAGGUUACAGCUGGAAUAAGAGUUUCAUCGGGAAGAAAAUCAGCAGGUGGCAGUGAAAGUGACCUUGAUACAGUUAUGACACCAUUCGGAUUUGAAAUAGAGCCAUACCCCUUAACAGAAAUGCUUGGAGAGAUAGCAUCAAGUGAAUCUGUGUUCCCAGGAGCUGCCUCACAAGCCCCAAGUGUUAUGUCCAGCAGACCUGUCCAAGCAUCACCGCCAAAUGCAGAGGAACUUUCCAAACCCAUGGAAAAUAUACAGGUAACCGAUAUGUCUGAUGUUGGAGAUAAGGAUGGCUCAUUUGUUGAGGCUCAUGGUGAAUUGCCAAGCAGAACAGCUGCACCAUCUCAAGCCAGCACCAUGAUGCCAGCGAGCUAUGACAAGAAUGCAACUACUCAGGGAGAUGGGUCAUCUGAUCCUGGUGUUCUUAUGGUUCCUCCGGUGGCAGUUCUCCCUCCUCCUGUUUCUCCCGUGCGCACUACAGCAGGGAAAGCAUUGUUUGAAAAUCUCUACAUCCCACCCCUCCCCCCUGGGGUGAAACCCUUAAACAGUUUUGCUUCUCUACAGGCAUCUCCGCCGUCUGAAAUGCAAGCGGGCGUAAAAUUCGCAGAUACAAAAUCAAAGGACAAGCGUAGUCCUUUACUGAACGCGAACUUGCUCAAAGUUGUCAACCGAAGUGUUCCCUCGUCGGCAGUUUCAGACGGAAGGAAGAAGAAAGAAGCCUUAGCUGAUGUGGUGGACAAAGUAGACGGGAAAAGGAAGAAGGAAAAGAAAGAGGAAAAAGAUGACAAGUUUUGUAAACCUGGUGACUAUGUAAUAAUCGUUGAAGACGUAACAUCGCCACCAUUCCUCGACGUCACGCUAACUCCCGCGUUUCUUCACGUCAAAGUCACCCAGAAGAAAAGAGCGCAAAGUAAAAGAGAAUCGAGAAGAAACUAAAUCAAACAAUUUAUGGAUGCACGUUUUGCAGGAAGGUUGUAACUUAUUGAAUUUUGAGCUUUCCGUUCGUGGCUUCGUGUGGAUCACAGAGAGUGGAUAAAAACACACCAAUAAUGGUGAUGAGGAGAAGGGGAAAAACAACCAGUGGAGCGGGGAACUUUUCUGGAGGAGGUGGAAAGUUAAGGGGCUCCCUCACCCC